AAGCUACAUUGCCCUUCUAGACCUAGGGAUUGGCGAUCGUUCUAUUUUAUGACCAGAGGUCGGAAACAGCUACAAUCAUUCUACUCAUCACAUCGACGAUCACAUGAGAAUCUGUUGCUGAUAAAGUUAUACCUCCUUUAUAAGAGGCUGGAAGUGGAUUCCGCCAUCAGAGGACAAGGAAACAUGGCUAAAAUCCAUACAUUGUCUGUACUAUGUGGUACAGUAUUGUUACUGCUGUUUACCGUCGGGGAAGCGAAACAACCACAUAUAGUGUUCAUGGUAGCAGACGAUUACGGAUGGAACGAUGUAGGAUUUCACAACCCCGACAUGAUCACUCCUAACAUUGACAAGCUGGCUUACGAGGGAGUCAUACUGAAUCAGUCUUACGUACAGCCAGUCUGCACACCGUCCCGUAAUGCAUUUAUGACAGGCGUUUACCCUUUCAAAGCUGGACUCCAGCAUCUGGUUAUCCUACCAGAACAAGCCACCUGUGCUCCUACCAAUCGCACGUUUCUUCCUCAAUACCUCAAGAAGCUAGGAUACGCUACUCACGCCCUUGGAAAGUGGCAUCUGGGUUUCUGUAAGUGGGAGUGUACCCCUACAUAUCGAGGAUUCGACACGUUUUAUGGCUUCUAUAAUGGUCAAGAACAAUAUUAUAACAGAUCUGUCGCGGGUGGUCUUGAUUUCCGCGAUAAUAAGGAACCUGUUGUCCCGGAGGUUACCAAAUAUUCAACAUACAUCUAUGCCGAGCGUGCCAAUGAGGUCAUUUCGCAACACGACAAAGACAAGCCAUUAUUCAUGUAUUUUCCAUUCCAGUCUGUCCAUGAACCGAUAGAGGUACCUGUUAGCUACGAGAAUAUGUACAGCAGCAUUAAGAAUGAAGGGAGAAGAAAAUACUGUGGUAUGGUGACAGCUAUGGACGAUCUGGUAGGAAACGUAACGGCCGCCCUAAAGGAGAACGGGAUGUAUGAAGACACACUCUUCGUUUUCACCGCCGACAACGGGGGAUGGACAACCUUCCAUGGCAAUAACUAUCCACUACGUGGCGGGAAGGCUACCGUAUAUGAAGGAGGCACAAGAGCAUCUGCAUUCAUUAGUGGGGCAGGACUGUUGAAAACCGGAUACACAUAUAACGGCAUGAUGCAUGCUGUGGAUUGGAUGCCUACGAUACUCUCAGCUGCAGGAGGAAAACCAGUUGAUACGGACUUGGAUGGUAUUGACCAAUGGGAUAACCUGAAGACUGGAGCGCCAUCUAAGAGGACGGAAUUUAUAUAUAACCUUGACGACAUGAACCCGCCUAUCUGUGGUCACGCAGCUAUCAGGGUUGGUGAUUACAAGUUGAUCGAUGGAUUUCCGGGAGCAUAUUCAGGUUGGUAUAAACCGGAAACUGUCUCAGGGAUUCAACAUGAUGCCGAAAACUCCACACAGGAACAACAUUCAAGUUACUUAGGAAAACAACUAUUCAACCUAAAAGACGACCCUUACGAACACCGAGACCUGUCACUAACACACAGAGAUAUAGUAGAACAGCUGAGCAAGAGGAUGGCAGAGUACCACGCUCAAAUGGUGCCUGCCAACUUCCCCGGGAACACGGCAUCAGCAAACCCGAAAAACUACAACGGUUUCUGGACUCCAGGGUGGUGUUAAAACUGUUUUACUACAUGCAUAGACAUAAGUAAAAGAAUCGACGGUAGCUUUUAUAUUUUUUUUUUUUUUUUUUUUCAAUGUAACGGAGUCGCCCUGUUUCUCUCAGAUUACUUCUGAAAUAAGUUAGCUUGUAACGCUACACUGUCAAUAUAUUAGUGUUAGCUGAUCUAGCUUAACACUAGAGUAUUUUAUGGUAGUGCCAACGGAUUGAGUUAAGGAUAUCAAAACUAACUCAGCGUCUGUGUACAACAUUGAUGAUUUAUUAUAUUUGUCAACAUUUUAUCCAAUAAAUAUCACAGAUCAUAGACACAAGUUAGUUUAGCUAAAACAUUACUAAUAAAAGCAUAAGAGGACUUUGAGCAGAACCUCUUAUCUAAGCCAACCGGCUGAAAUGUAGCCUUAAUAGAACAAAAUAUUCUCUAGGUUACGGUAAAAAUUUUGCAAAAUGAAAGGAUAAAUAGCUAUGUGACUUUAAAAAAAAAACUCUCACAACAAUGGCAGCCCCCAUCAUACAGCAGAACAUUAUCAUGAUUGGACUAAUUCUCGGUAUAUUCCGCUAAAAUAUACACAAUUAGUUUAACCUGUACAUACAACUGUAAAUUCCAUUCAGGCGACACAGCGCAGCAAUUUAAUGCCAAAACGUCACUUGAUACAGUCAAACGAGAAAGUACACAAUUACUUCUAAAACAUAUGCAACACCUUUCAUAUAUCACUUUCCCGUUGCCAUUGUCGACGACUCAAAUCUACCGUAAUAAAUAUUAUAAAACAUGAACAUAAAAUUACUACUUGUCCUUUUAAGUUAUCAUCAUGAAAAAUAUGCAGCAUUAAUAAGCUGGCUUCAUUAUUGUAAUUACGUGAAAUUACAAUCAGGAUGAUAUCGAUGUCAGUUGUGUAUACUUUGUUCUAUUAAAUAUAUCGAUCAGA